CAAACCCGCCCCUCCCGGCGGCCCUCCGCGCCUGCGCCCAUGGCGGCCUGGCGCCGGCUGUUUGAGAGUUCUGGCUCCAUUGCCAGGAGCGAGGAGCUGUCCUUCCUGCCGGAUGGGAGGCCGAGCGACGGCGACGACCUCCGGGAGAACAGCCAGCCGGAGAGCAGCCAGCCGGAGAGCAGCCAGCCGGAGAGCAGCCAGCCGGAGAGCAGCCAGCCGGAGAGCAGCCAGCCGGAGAGCCGCCUGGACAAGAGCCGCUCCUCCGUGCAGAAGCUGCUGGGCCGAUGGAGGAAUCAAUGUGCGGCCUGCGCCGGGCAUCAGGCGGAUGAGAACAUCAAGGGCUUCUUCCAGAACUUGUUCUUGCAGUCCUGCGUCAUCUGCCACCAAAGCUUCUGCUCCGACCACGCGGGGCCCUUCGACUUUCCUCCGGGCGCCUUGCAGGCAGAGGGGCGCUGCGUUUGUGUGUCUUGCCUCCCGCAAGCCGAGAGCAUCGUGGAGGAGCACAAGGACCCUCCCCCGUUCUGUCCGCCAGGGCUGCAGGCAGCAGCGUGAGGAGCGGGGCACGGUGCUGCGGCAGAAGGCGCUGAGGGACGGGCGCCACGCCACGGUGGAGGAGAGUUGGGCGCAGUGCCUGGAGUGCGAGGCGGGCGCCAUCAGCAGCUGCCAAGUCUGCGGGACAAAGCUGUGCCCUGCGCAUAUCGAGCAGUACCCGCCGGACGUGAGCAAGGUGCGGCGCCUCUGGGUUUGCCGCCACUGCCGGAAGUACAGCGCGGCGCGGGCUGCCGCGGGCAAGGCGGUGCGGGACGCGGCGGGGCUCUUCUUCCGCCGCGCCGUGGCGGCCGAGAGCUCCGCCGCGGAGCUGAUCCCGGCGCCGCUGGAGGAGGCGGAGGACUGCGCCGCCUGUGGCUUGGUCUUCUCCAAGCUGCCGGGAUCUUUGCGGCACCACUGCCGCGCCUGUGGCAGGUCCUUGUGCGCCGGGUGCCUCUGCGGAGCUCAGGGCUGCCUGGUGAACGCCGCGCGGUGCCCCCACAAAGCGAGGCUAUACGGCAAGGAGGAGCGGAUCUGCAAGGACUGCCUGCCGGUGGCCAACUGCCGCAUCGAGGCCCGCGGGACCUGCGCCAAGGUCUACGAGGCCGCCGCGAGGUAUGCGGAGCACUGCCUGCGCGUCCGGGCCUUCUUGGCGGACCCAGAAGCGGUGCCCCUCUACGAGGCCAACUUCGUGGACACGGUGCAGGACAAGCUGCUGAGGGCCGGGGGCUUCGCAGUGGAGGGCGCCAAGCGCGUGGCGCCCUUUGUGUCGCUGCCCUGGUCCGUGGGGGUGCGCGCGGUGGAUGUGGUGUGGAACUAUGGCCAGUAUGGGUUGCUGGGCAUCCUGAUGCGCGAAGAAAUCAUGCAGGGCAUCAAGACUUUGCUGGGCUUCAGCAGCGCGCUGCAGGACAUCCCGCCGAAGGAUCUUCUUGUAGGGCUGCUGUACCUCAGCGCGGAGCAGCGGAAGGCGCUGCGGGACGCGCCGGAGGGCAACGCGCGGCUCUGCCGGGCCUUGGGGCGCCCGGCGCCGCCGAAGCUGCUGGAGGCGCUGCUGGGUAUGGCGCUGCUAGGCACCUUUGCGCCCUACCAGGACACGGCCUUCGAGGUGCAGCGCUUCGCGCUGCAGCAGCAGUGGCGCCUGGUGGCCGAGCGACUGGAGAGCUGGAAGCACCGCCCCGCCUGGGCCCUGUUUCUCAGCCACGCGCACCGCACCGCGGCGCUCUCCAUCCGGGGCACAGAUGUGGAGCAGUCUCGGGGUGGAGAUCUCUUCACCGACUUCGAUGCGCUGGGGGUGGGCUAUGGGGACGACGCCGCGCCCAGCCUUCUGGCACACCAAGGCGCGCUGCAGGCGGCGCAGGCGCUGGAGACGGAGCUGCGCCCCACGCUGCGGGCGCUGGGCCAGGCGGGGUACCGGGUGAUCCUCACGGGGCACUCCCUGGGAGGCGCGGUGGCGGCGCUGCUGCUGUGGCUCUUGAAACAUGGCACCCAGGGCGAACGCCUGGAAGGAGUUGAGAUCCUGGGCAUGGGCUACGCCACGCCCGCGGUGGUGGACCUGAAGACUGCGGAGGAGCUCCGGCCCCACUUCACGUCGCUGGUGAACUCCAUGGACGCGGUGCCCCGGCUCUGCCGCUCCGCGCUGCAGCGCCUGGCGCACGAGCUGAAAGACAUCGCCUCGGGCAGCGCGCAGGACUUGGACCAGGACCUUCAGCACUACCUGGACCGGCUGACGAGUGUCUGGGCCCCGCGGUUCCGGGACGGGCUGCCGCUGCAGGAGAUCCCCAGCCAUCGCUCAGAGGAGGAGCUCACAGACCUCUGGGGGCACCAUGAGGAGGAGGAGUCGGAGCUGUACAUCCCGGGCAGCGUGGUGUGGAUCCACCGGGUGCGAGGCCGCCUGGACGCCGCGCUGGUACCCUGCACGGCCGCGCCGCUGCGGCGGCUGCUGCUGGACAAGCGGAUGAUCGAGGAUCACUCUGCACGAUCCAUCCACCAGGCCCUGCUUGCGGUGGAACGUGCCGCGAAAUCCGACCCUUCGGACGUGAAGUGGCAAAAGUUCUGCGACGCGGGGGAGCGGUGCCCCUGCUGCGGGAGCCGCUACGAGUGGAUGAACACCGCGCGCAGCGGCAAGAUGCGUGCUCACGCGAUGACCAACUGCAGGGUCUGUGGGCUGGUGGUGUGCGUGGGUUGCGCCGCCUCUCGGCGCUCCUUGCCGGAGCUGUCCAUGGAG